UCUCUCUCUCUCUCUCUCUCUCUCUCUCUCUCACGCACUUGCAACACAGAGCAGCAAUGUCCGACGUCGUGGUCCCAGAAGUGGUGUUGAGCUCGGGCGCGAGGAUGCCGCUGAUCGGGAUGGGUGGGGCAACGAGCAAUCUGCCGCCGCCCGACGUGCUGACAUCCAUAUUCCUCGACGCCAUCGAAGUCGGGUACCGCCACUUCGACACGGCGGCGUGCUACGGCUCCGAAGAGGCGCUUGGCCGGGCAGUCGCUGAGGCCCUGGACCGAGGGCUCGUCAAGAGACGUGGGGACAUCUUCAUCGCCACUAAACUCUGGUGCACCGACGCUCAUCCGGGUCUCGUUCUUCCCGCCCUCAAGAAGUCUCUCCAGAGGCUCGGGUUAGAGUAUGUGGAUCUCUAUCUAAUCCACUGGCCAAUAAGAGUGAAGGAAGGAACCGAAGGGUUCGAUUUCAAGGGCAAAAUGUUGCCCUUUGACGUGAAAGGGACAUGGAAGGCCAUGGAAGAGUGCUCCAAACUAGGCUUGGCCAAGUCCAUUGGAGUCAGCAAUUUUGGCACCAAGAAGCUCUCCCAAAUCCUCAUGCACGCCACAAUUCCUCCUGCUGUUAACCAGGUGGAGAUGAAUGUGGGAUGGCAACAAGGGAAGCUGAGGGAAUAUUGCAGAGAGAAGGGAAUACAUGUGAGUGCCUGGUCCCCAUUGGGCGCGAAUGGAGCUCCUUGGGGUUCAUCUGUGGUUAUGGAGAGUCUUAUGCUUAAGGAGAUUGCUAUCGCCAGAGGAAAGACCGUGGCUCAGGUUGCACUGAGAUGGAUACAUGAGCAAGGGGCAAGCGUGAUAGUGAAGAGCUUCAACAAAGAGAGAAUGAAGGAGAACCUGCAAAUCCUGGAUUGGGAACUUAGCCAAGAGGAGUCGGACAAGAUCAAGCUUCAAAUCCUGCAAAGGAGAGGAUUUUCUGGCGAAGCGCUCAUUUUCGAGGAUGGGCCUUACAAGUCAUUGGAUGAGCUCUGGGAUGGAGAUCAUUGAAUUAGAUCACACACCUGAUGAUUUAUACAUGAUGAUCAUGUAUCGCUCGCUCUGAUGAUCACUUGAGGAUGACAAUGAUUAAUAAUUGCAAAUGUUGUCUUCUAUUUGCGCUUUUCAAAUUAUGUGAAAACAACCUUGUGUUUUCACUGUU